AACCUGGCUUCUCUUCUGUAAAACAUUGGGGCGACUGUAUCUCCAUUUAUUUUCGCUUUUGUACUUGGUACUACACAAAACCUUUUUUUACAUUUAAGAAAUUAAAAACAGCGCAGAGAUAGACUUUAACAUAUUGAGAAAUUGAGACUUCCUGGCGCAAUUCUCUUUUGAAAUAAGAGCGCUUGGGAACAAGAGCUGAGAGUUCAGAAAAGUUACAAUAUUUCAACCAGGAUGUCCACGGCGGCUUCUUUACGCCUUCCAGCAAUUCAACAUCCUCUAUCAAGACUUGGAGAUCCAGAGCUCAUCUCACUCCGGGGUUAUUCAACAGACGGCAGCAGAGAUGGAUGCUGGAUGCCCAAGAGAAGAAUCAGACCUCAGUCUCCAGACACGGAGAGUCUGGAUUCUGCUUUUCGCAGUCAGAGCAGCAUGAGUAGUAUCAGCUCUAUAAUGGAGAAAAGAAGAGGAGUAGAUAUUCCACAGCAGAUCCCAGAGGGAGAGGAGGCCAUCUACGACUCUGAUAAACCCAAACUACCUGCCUAUCGUCACAAGAUGGCAUCAGAGAAUCGCUCCAUAAGUAGAGCUUCUGGUACAACGUACUCCAGCACUGAGGCAUGGGUGACAGAUCAAACUGAUCAGUUGGAGGAUGUACUUAAAGAGCGUAUUCAAACCACAGGAGCUUUGACCCUCAAAAUCCUGUUCAAGAACAACCACCCUGACGGCAAACCUCUGGUCAACAGAUAUGCACUACUUGAGAUUGUAACAAAGUUCUUGAGGCGUCAAGUGACUGCUAAACAACUGAAAGACCUUCUACUACGUCUGCACCUUUCUGAUCGAUCUCUUAUCAGUUUUGAAGAGUUUUAUGGUGCACUGAAAGACCCAGAGUCUAAAAAAAAUAACCCGGCAGGUCAGCUCACGAUUCCUCAGAUACUAGCUCUGCUGAGAGGGCCUGCACGCAACAGAUUUCUGCAGAGUGUGGAGGUUUCAUGUAAGUCUGACAAUGUGACCGAAAGCUGGAUUUCUGCUCCAGAGUUUCGAAAUAUUCUCAAUAAACUUAAACUUCCCCUGAAAGAUCCUGAGUUUGAAAAAUUAUGGAAGAGGUUAGAUGUGGAUGGAUUUGGGGCAGCUAAACAGACUGUUUUACUUAAGAAAUUGGGAUUGAGUAGAAGAAUUGAACCAAACAAUGAGAAAAACCACCACGUCUCCAUUACAGCCAAAGUUGAGGACAUGAAAGCAUCCUCUGGGAGAACGCUCUCUAAGGCAGAAGAGGAACGUCAUGCGUCUAUCGCCAUAGAGACAUGGCUGAAGGACAAAUUCAGAGAAGGAGCUCAGAGGAUGAAAGCAGAGUUUGAAAAACUGGAUGCAGAGAACAGCGGAAAAGUGAGGGGGGAAGACUUUCUGCAGGUCCUGAGGAAGUUCGAUCUUCACCUGAGGAGAGAACACCUCGGCCUGUUCUUGUCUCGCUGUGGUCUGAAGCUUAGAAAGGGUAGUGUGCAUUACUUAAACUUCCUGCGUACUUUCCAGGACAGAAGUUCAGAUGGAAUCACGCACAAGAUCAUCUCUAACCCAAAACACAGGUUUCAUUCUAAGGAGAAUAUCAGUUGUGUUUCCUCUCUAAGUGCCAUUGAAGCCAAAUUAACCAACCUGUUUCAGUCAGAGUACCUCUCUCUCCUUCAGACCUUUCAGAACAUUGAUAAGCUCAAUAAAGGAACUGUUAGUCAGGAGGAAUUCAGAGCGGCGAUUGAGAGCAGGUUUGGCCUGGAGAUUUCCGACCCUCAGUUUGAGCAGCUGUUGGACAGGCUACCUCUUGACCAUCGCGGAAACGUGCAGUACCCCAUCUUCAUGGCAGCCUUUGACACCAGGAAAGGAGUUCCCAGCCUCUUCCAGCCUGUUGCUCAGCUUGCCAGUCACGAUUCAGAUGAAGAGAGGGGCUCAGUGGAACAAAAUCGAAGUGACCUUGAGUUGUUUAGGGUGAUAAGGACUGUGGUGGCAAACCGCUACAGAGAUUUACUGAGAGAGUUUGAAGAGCUGGAUGAGAAGAACACCAGGCGUCUCGCUCAAGAAGACAUGCAUCAGCUACUUAAAAGGUUAGAGCUCCAUCCUGAGGUCACUCGUGGAGAGGUGCGGAGGUUGUGGACCUCGUUGUUCACCCAGCAGGACGGAACUGUGGACUUUCAACAGUUUAUUCGUCAUUUUGGCCCGUCGCCCAAAUCCUGCUGUUACCCUAAUGCCAAGCACAAUCCCCCCAAACGUGGAGAUAAUGAUCUCAUGCGCCUCUCCAAAACACUCAACUGUGUCUCAGAUAUACUAGUGGAUGCACUACGGGCCAAGGUGGAGCUGUGCGUUUCUGAUCUCUGGACUGAGUUUUCCGAGAUGGAUUUUGCUGGAACUGGUUUUGUUAGCAGUGUGGAAUUCAAAGAGAUCCUUAUGAAUCUCUGUGUUCUUCUCAGCCAGUAUGAGUGUGAUGUGCUGGCCAAGAAGUUUGACAUCAACAACGAUGGCAGAGUAUCCUACACAGAGUUCCUCAGGCCUUUCCUAUCCCAGAGUCAAACAUGGAAGCAUGGAUCCAACAUGGCAACUGCUUUGCAGUCGCCCAGAGAAACUAAAGAAAUCAGCACCCCAGGAGCGCUAAGCCGCAAGAUCAGGCGCAAGCUCCGGCGUAAGGCCAGGGCUCUGCGCAGGGCCUGCAGCCGGUUGGACGGCUCCGACACUGGGCUUCUCUCUGCGGCUGAGCUGGGUGCUGUCCUGCAGCUGUGUGGCGUGUGUGAGAGCCAGGAAGAGCUGAGAAGCGUGUUUUCCACCCUUCACGCACACCCCUCUGGACUGCUGGACUACCGCCCGCUCUUAAUUGACAAACACAGGACAUCCAGUUGCAGCCAGCAAACCAAACACCAGCUCAACCAAAGAAGUCAAUAGGUCCACUCAAGGAUGAAGCCCAAGGAACCCAAGAUUGUCUUCCUUUCAGCCCUGCCACAAUGGAGCAACCCCCUGCCAAACUUGCACAAACUCUCCCACCUUCUCCAGAAUCCUUCUCUCUUUCUUUCACUUUACUUUAGUGCCAUACAACUUACUUAAAGAAAGACUUGAAGGCGGUGGGAUAAAUACAGACUUUGAAAGGGAGGGUUGAAAUGCUUAAGUCACUAUCUGGAGAGAAUUACUCUUUCCUGGUAUCAACGUACCCUGGAUAUUCCACAGUCGACCAGCAUACAAGCAUCUUUCUUUUGCUCUGUGUGUCUUUCUCUUACUAUAUAGGUGAAUACUGUAGUUUCUAAUGUCCCUGAAGAUGUCAGUGAUAUUGGUUUCUGGGGUAUUUAGGGUGUCAAAAGCGGGCGAGACGGGGGAGGAAAGGGGUGUGGCUCUCUUCUUCUGUGCCAUUGUAGAGACCAAGAAGAGUAAAACCCUCUACAGUUAAAAGAGGAGGGACAUAAGUGCCAACAUCUCAGAAAUAAUCAGCGUCAUGGCUGAGUGGAACUUUGUAAAAUUAUAUGCACUGACAGCAAGUUCUUUUAUUUUCCACUUUGGUGGCCAUUUCUCCCCUAAACUAAUCCUGAUCACAUUGAUCAACUGUCUGUCUGAUUUGCUUAAGUAUGGAAAGACAUGUAUUGUCCAUACUGACUCAGUUAUGACAAUAUUAUUUAAGAAGAACUAGUAUCAAAACUAGUUUUAAAUCAAUUGCAGUCUUCUGUGUCUUGUAAUGGGGCUUACAGCAAAUAUCAGUGUAUUGGACGUGGACAUUUACAGUAAGCACUCACAAAUUAAUAUUUUUGUCUUUAUCACUAUAUUUUUAUGUUUUUAAUGUUUAGUCUGUUUUUU